AAGAACAAUAAUAUGGAUUGAAAAGGGAAACCUAAAGCUCUAACAAAUUCCUUCUGCUUCAAGCAAUCGAUUUUAACCCAAAUCACAGUUUCCUUAUUAGCAAAAUUGAUUGAUCUUAAUCACCUAUAAAAUUACACAUCUUCCCCAAAAUGCCCACUUUGAGUUCGAGACCCAAUCAAUGCUUGUGCAAGCGGGUAUUGGUGAAAGUCUACUUCUUUUGCUUGGCUUCCAUGCAAGGAUUUCUUCUUUUUUCACUUCCAUUUUAGAGAGAAACUCUCUCUCUCUCUCUCUCUCUCUCUCUCGGCUAUUUGUGCUCAGUGGUCACAGUACCAGUCACUAUUCCAUUGCGAUGUCGCGCUUGCAUAUGCUUCAAGUACCCACGAGAGACACAUAGCAAGAAAACAGAGGCCGCUUUGUGCAUAGGGUUUUUUAAGAGGGAAUUUAGAUCUUGUUUUUGCUCUUCAAGAAUCAAGAUCACAAAAACCCGCAAGUUUUCUUUUCUUUUCUUUUCACUUCCAAAAUCAAUGGGCACCACAAUUUGCCUCUGAUUUUGCUUCUUUUUUUUUUUUUUAUUCCGGUUUUCAUUGAUUCCUCUUCUUCUUGAAUUUUCUUUUGUUUGUUCUCGUGGAAUGUGACAGAAAAUUCUAGCAUUUUUCGCCGGAAAAGUGGAGGUUUUGCUUAGUUUUUAUGAUCUGGUUUUUCCGUUUGUUUCACUGGGUCCGUGAAAUAUAAAAAUGGAGCAAGUUCACGAAAAGAAGCAUGUGUGCAAGUUGUGCAACAAGAGUUUCUUGAAUGGGAGGAUCUUGGGGGGUCACAUGAAGAUUCACGUGGCCAGAGAUUCAGCUAAUGAACAGGUUAAGCUUGAAAGCAGCAAUAUGGGUAUUGAUGGUUAUGGCCUAAGAGAAAAUCCCAAGAAAUCAUGGAAAUCCUCUAGCUUGAACCCUGAUGAUUUUGUCUCCGUUCAAGAGAGUUUCGAAUGCAAAGUGUGUGGCAAGCAAUUUGAGUUCCCAAGAUCUCUCCAUGGUCACAUGAGGCAUCACUCAGCGGCAGAAAGGAAAGGAAUUCGCUGCAAAGAAUGUGGGAAAGGGUUCCGGACACUAAAAUCUCUCACUGGUCACAUGAGGCUUCACGCUGAGAAGAAUAGGGUCUCCAAAGAAUCAAGGACUAGUUCAAGCCCUAACCUGGUUGUUAUGACUUUAUCAGAUACUGAGACUGUGAGUCUUGUGCGAAGGAAGAGAUCAAAUAGAAUGAGGUACAAGGUCACUCCUAAUUCUUCUUUUUCUAGCUUGAAUGAAUCUGUGCCUGGUUUCGAAGUUGAGGAAGAACUGGAAGAGGUGGCUAUGUGUUUGAUGAUGCUGUCUAGGGGUGUAUGCAAAUGGGGUGAAUUCAAAUCAAUUGGUGAGUCUUUGGAUGAUGAUUUUGUAUAUUUUGAGGCUAAAUCUUUGUACCAAAAUAAGCAGAUGGAGGGGAGAAGUGAGAAUGGAGACGAUGUUUUUGAGGAUAAUGAACCUGUCAAGAAGAAAAAACCAAGAGAACAGAAGUUAGAUCCUUAUGCUUCAGAUACUAUGAACAAGAGCUCUGAAUGUAGUGAAUGUGAUUGUGAUAUGGUGUGCAAUGGGGAAAAGGAGAUUCCAUUGGAAGUUCCUAUUGAGAAGUUUUAUCGGGGAGUUGAUUCCAAGGGCCGUAAACUGGAGGAUGAAUCUGGACUGCUUUUGUGUGAUACUGAGAUCGAGAAAGGAAUUCAUGACGAAAUGGAUAGCAGCGCCGCUGAAUCAGAAUCAAGCCAGGAGUUUACAGAAGAAGUUGGAUUGGAUCUUGCUGGUCCGGAAAAUGUAAAAUGCACUCCAAGCAAUAAACCUAUUCCUGAAGCUUGCGAUACUGAAAUGGGGAAGGAUUCUUGCACUGAGAUGAUAUGCUCUACUUCAGAUUUUGGUACGGCAGAUGAUACUAAGAACAAGAGCCAAUUCCAGUGCAGGAUCUGCAACAAGAUAUUUCCCACUUAUCAGGCACUGGGUGGUCACCAAACAUUUCAUAGAACAACAAAAAGCUCCGUUGCUUUAAAGAUUGAGGAGCACCAAGCGGGUAUUGAGACUAAUCUUUUGGCUGAAAAAUUUGACCUUGCAAACAAGCUUGUAAAGCUUGAAUGCAUUAAGGAUUCAGUGCAGGGGGAAGUAAACGAAGUAAUUAUUACGAGUUAUCAGUCAAAGAAGAGGAAGGAGCAUAAAUGCCACAUCUGCUCUAAAAAUUUUGUGUCAGGCCAAGCUUUGGGAGGUCACAAGAGGGCUCAUCAUCCUAAAGCCAGAGAAGAGCAGAAUAUGACAAUGAAACAAGAGGGUCUUGAUAUUUGUAAUGCACCUGAUAUUAGUGUCACUGACAUGCUAGAUACAGAGGCCAAUCGUGAAGUUGGUUUUGAGUCAUGGUGGGCUGGAAUUCGCAGCUACAAGCAUGAGUCACUAGCGGAUCUUAUAGCUAACUGAGGCAAAUGAUGCAGUGUCUGGCUUCUGAAGAGUUUAAAUAAAGAACUUGUCUUUGCAGUAUAUGGUGGAUUUCAUUUGUGGUCCAAAUCUACACGGAUUAGAGCUUGUCAUUGCUGCUCGUAGCUUAGAACUGCCAGCUGCCCUUAUCUGGUUUACUGUUUUACAUUUAACAUGCUUUUGUCUUUGAUAUGAAAGAACUUCAUUGUCAAUGUUGUUUGAAAUAUUGCUACUGAAAUAGCAUUUGUUUUGCUCCUUGUGCAUUUUAGUUUUCUUAUAGGUAUGUCAAUAGGAAGAGAUAAGCAGAAAAACUGUUGUUGAUUCUACAGUUAUGGCUUCUCAUUCUUUUGUACCUAGUCUUAGAACAAAAUGCAAUAUACUUCCUUUUCUAUA